AUGUCGACCCCGUCAAGGCCUUCGUCGAUGCCUGCAGCCAAACCGGGAGGGUCUAAAUCACUCAGUGGAUAUCAACUCGGUGACUCUCUUGGGAAGGGCGCGUUUGGUCAGGUCUACCGUGCCCUGAACUGGGAGACGGGCGAAACGGUCGCUGUGAAGGAGAUCCAGCUGAGCAAUAUUCCCAAAGGCGAGCUUCCUGAGAUUAUGUCAGAGAUUGAUCUGUUGAAGAACCUCAAUCACGAGAACAUUGUCAAGUAUAAAGGUUUCGUCAAGACGCGUGAAUUUCUCUACAUCAUCCUGGAGUUCUGUGAGAAUGGGUCCCUACACAAUAUCAUCAAGAAAUUUGGAAAGUUCCCGGAAAACCUCGUGGCUGUCUACAUCUCACAAGUUCUCGAAGGUCUAGUGUAUUUGCAUGAUCAGGGUGUGAUUCAUCGGGAUAUCAAGGGUGCCAAUAUCUUGACCAACAAGGAUGGAACGGUUAAGCUGGCUGACUUUGGAGUUGCGGCGAGAACAGGAGGUGUAGUGGAUGGUGCGGUCGUUGGUAGUCCUUAUUGGAUGGCACCUGAAGUCAUCGAGCAAUCUGGAGCAACGACUGCGUCAGACAUCUGGAGCGUAGGCUGUGUCGUCAUCGAGCUGCUUGAAGGUCGCCCUCCCUACCACAAUCUGGACCCCAUGCCGGCGCUCUUUCGUAUCGUACAAGACGACUGUCCCCCAAUCCCCGAGGGAGCAUCUGCCAUCGUCAAGGACUUCCUCUACCAUUGCUUCCAGAAGGACUGCAACUUACGAAUAUCCGCGAAGAAACUGUUGAAGCAUCCGUGGAUGGUGGCGACCCGGAAACAGAUGAACGCUGGCAAAGCUCAAUCUGGUGAACAGGCCGGAGACAACGCGUCUGGCUCCCAAGGAACGAGAAGGCCCCUAUCCAACUAUAACUACGACGAAGCUGUUCUCAAGGUGCAGGAAUGGAACGAAGCACUCAAAUCCCCAACCCGCCCAUCGAAGCAACCGUCUCGAUACACUCGACCUCACUCGCCUUUGCAACGUCAUUCAGAGCUUCAUUCAUCGUCUUCUUCGACCUCUUUAAGCUCACACACCCCUGGAGCUCUCGGUUGGAAAGGUGGAAUGUCGGGCAACCCGAAACUUGGCACGUUGGUUGAGAAGAUUCAGCCCCAUGCUUUCGUCUUGCAACCACCCGAGGAACAGACGGACAAUUGGGACGAUGAUUUCGAGGGAGGGAUCUCAUUCACCAAACUACAAGCGCUGGAGAAAUCUACCCAUGAAGAGGACAAGUCCGAACCAAAUGAGGAUAAUGCGCAGACUAUCCGUCCUACAAAGAGUCCAGGAGCGAAGACUGUUCCAUUAGCUCAGCCUCCGGCUGCAAGCAUUGCUCCUAUUGUGGAAGACUAUUCUGACCUAGCCCUUGACGAAGAUGAAGGGUGGUUAGAGGAAAAGGUGGCUGAUUUCAAGAAUCAAGCGGAAUUCGGAAAGUACACGGAGGAUGACGAUGAUGAUGAUUAUGACGAUGUCUUCGGGAAGCCAAACAGUAACAUAGCCACCGGCAUGUCUAUGCAAACUCUUCAACUCAAUACUCGGUUGUCGAGCAAGUCAUGGCUGGGUGACGAUGGCGACGAAGAGGAUCCUUUCGCAGAGAUCGACGAAGGUUUCGACGAGGACGACCUUGAAUCCAACCUGCAGCGAGACAAGCACGCUCGCUUGUGCAACGCUGUCAAUCAGCUUAUUGACGAAUUGACGCCCUCUGCUCCCGACUUCCAAUUGCGAGAUGCUUGUGACCAACUGCUGAAGAUCAUCAUAGAGGCACCAGAAAUGCAAGGCCAAUUGGUCUCUUCGCAUGGAAUGCUUGCUAUCUUGGAAGUUCUUGAAGGACGCUGCUCCAGAGAUGUCAUCAUGAAGCUACUGCAGAUCAUCAACGUGUUGGUCACAGAGGAUGUGGGCUUCUUGGAGAGCUUUUGCUUGAUUGGUGGUAUUCCUGUGAUGAUGGAAUUCACCUCCAAGAAGUACCCCUCAGAGUGCCGCUUGGAGGCAUCCAACUUUAUCCGACUUCUUUGCCACACCUCCGUAUUGACUCUCCAGAUGUUCAUCUCAUGUCGUGGCUUGAAAGUCUUAGUGGACCUCCUAGACGAAGACUAUGGAGAGCAAACGGAGCUGGUUGAACAUGCUCUGAAUGGAAUCGGCAGUGUCUUCGAGCUGCAGAGUCCGACGACGAAGAAUGACUUUUGUCGCAUGUUCAUCCGGGAAGGCUUGCUUGACCCUCUGUCCGCCGCCUUGCUCAAUGUCAUGUCCAAUCAUGAACCUGCCUCUGUCGAUAAGAGCACCAAGAUGAAGGUCAUUCAGAUCCUUCUGGUGUUCUGCCAAGUAUCACAGUCCGAUAUCCACGUUCGGAAUGCUUUGGGAACGAGGAAGGUUAUCCGACGGUUGUUGAGAGCAUGUGAACUCCUGGAUCCAGAAUGCCUGGUACAGAUGCUGAAGGCUGUGAAGCACUUGUCCAUGAAUGCUACACUGCACGAAGUCCUCCAGAAUGCCAACGCUCUCGAGAUUUUGAUUCGGAUUCUCGAGGAACAGUCCUCUGGACCUCAUAGCACUGAAAUGGCAAACCAUAUCUUCCAAACAUGUUACAACCUCUGUCGCCUCAGCAAAUCCCGACAAGAGGAGGCUGCACAAGCUGGUAUCAUCCCCUGUCUCAAGCGUGUCAUCGAGACCAGCUCCCCUCUCAAACAAUUCGCUCUCCCUAUCCUCUGCGACCUUGCCAGUGCCGGAAAGAGUUGUCGAACCCUCCUCUGGCAGCACGACGGUAUCGGGAUGUACAUCAGACUCCUCGACGAUCCGUACUUCCAAGUCAGUGCCGUCGAAUCCGUUCUCUCGUGGUUGCAAGACGAGACUGCUCGAGUGGAAGACCAACUUCUCAAGCCAUACGCGGUCGAAGCGCUUCUCAAGUGUUUCGUCAACGCAAAGGCCAACUCCUUCGAGAACCUCCUCGACCCGUUCCUCAAGAUCUUGCGUCUCUCUCAUACGCUUACAAUCGCCCUUACCAAGUCCUCUGCGUUUUUCAAGAGGAUCGUGGAUCGACUGGGUCACAACUCCAAGGCUGUCGUACGACUGAACCUCUUGAGGAUUCUGCGCUAUGUUUGCGAGAUCCAUCCCAACAGGACUGUCCUUGUCGAGCGGUAUGGGCUGCUGGGUAUCGUGGAGAAGCUCAGCAGGAGUGGAGGAGAUGGAGCUGUCUUGGUCAAGGAGUUGGCGAGAGAGAUUGUGCCUACUCUUCGCCCUGCUCUGAAACCUGCUGGACUCGGAAGCAGUGGAAGCAGUCAUCAUGGAGGCGGGCAUGGGACUGGGGAGAGGGAUCGAGACCGUGAGCACUAUCUGGGAGGAUACAGAGAGCGUGGGGGAGUUUAUGAGAGCAGACUUCGGAGAAGUCCACCGUCGGGUUUGGGGCAUGGGUCGUCGAUAUCGUCCAGCUAUGAGAAUAGUCUCGCGAUGACACCCGGAUCUCAUUCCAAAGGCUUGAUACCGAAGAGAGCCAGGCGGUCGGCGUCGGAGGCGUCGGGCGUGGUCCCUUCCUCACCUUCGACUGGUGGGUUUGGGAUACCCAAAGUUUCGAGGUCUUCGUCGAGGCAGAGGUUGGGCGAAAUACCAUGGCAGCCAACGACACCGCCGAAUAGUUCCAGCAUGAAUCGCAACAACCAAGACCGCACUCCUACCGCCAAUCGAUGGUAA